AUGGGUGAAGCAUUGUUCGAUCUCGAACAACUUCUCAUUUCCAAAAAGGAAAAAUUGACACCUCAGGAGGAAGGUAUUCUUCUGUCAUGCAAAGGUAAAGCUGUGAGGAAUUUCACUGCAAGUUCACUUCUUGGGGGUGCUGCUGUAUGGGCAGCAACCGGGAAACUCAGGAAAGCAUUUCGAGUAAACCUUUCAGCAGGAGCUGGUGCUUUCUGUGGACUGUGGAUAUUUAGUAGAUCCUUGUAUUCUUGUGCAGACCAUAUUCUUACUCUGGAUGGCAGUAUAUUACAGAAGGAGUUAGCAAAUAUAAUGGUGACAAAGUACCAGAAUGAUCCUUCGCUAAUGAAGCUUAUAUCUAAGCAUUUUUAUUCGGAAAGGAUUUAUGAUGAUUCUACCUCUAAUACUCCUAAAUUACGAUGGCGAUACCGUAAUUUUUUUAGUGAUAAUGCAAUCAAUGGAAAGAGGACACAUGAUCAUGGCUCAUAUAAUACAUCCGACGACUCUCACAAUGAUUCCUAUGAUAAAUCCCAAGGGUAUUCUGAUUCCUUAAAAAAAUCCCAAGGCAAGUUUGAAAAUAUUACUGACAGCCAAAGAACAACUCGUGGGACCAACCAAAAUUUUGUAGAUCCUGGUUCUGAUAUUAAGUCAGAGGUAGACCCUCUUGAUUGUCUUUUUGGUGAUGUUCCAGCUGAGGAGAUUUUUAAUCCUAAUACCACAAACAAACCGUCAGCAACUCAUCAUCGAAGCCAUAGAAGAUAUCACCGUAGGCGUCGAGUGCGUGAUCUUGACAACCUUUCAAAGCCAGUGCACGCAGCAGCUGUUUGA